ACGUGACGGCGGCAGCAGCGAACAUGGCAGGACCGAACUGUCUCCAACUUUCGGCUUUAAUCGCCUUUUUCCUGGUCUUUUCAGCUUCUGGGAGCGUCACCACACAAGUGCCAUUUCUUAUGUGGUCAAGUGGCGGCUUCCCGGCGCUGAAGCCUCCUGCAGCCGGCCACGUCACAUCCAACGGAGAGCUGUCUGCUUACCUCAGCACUGUGUUUGGCUCCGGCCCCCACACCGUGCUGCUGUUUCUGCAGGACAAGUUAAGCAAAGAUGACUUCACAGUCUUUGGCGGGGCAUAUGGAGACAAGCAGGACAGCGCCUUUAAGAACCUUGAAGAUGCGCUCCAGUCCUCGUCCUCGUCGGUGGUUCUUCCUGCCCUGGAGUGGGUGGACGUCGCUACCAUCCCCGCUCUCCUGCAAGAGAAACUUAACGUUUCACCUCUGCUCGUAGAUCCAGACAGUCUGUCAGACCUGACCAUUGACACAUCUGUCAGCAAUCUGCUGCUCAUCAAUCUGCCUUACUGCAGCGGCUUACGCAAGUCAUGCAGAGAAAUCCUGCUUGAAAAUGAUGAAAUUAUGGAAAAAGUUUCAAGUUCUGUGAAAACUAGAGAUGUUCCAUUCACAGCCAUUUACACAGGACUUCAGCCUUCCAGAGUGAUUUCUGAAACAUCUGUGCCAAAGCAGCAAGUUGGGCGGUCGUUGCUCCAAGCGGUUGAUCCCGUCGUCAAGGCUCCCAUCAUGUUUAAUUCAUCAGCCGGUCCCUGCAUCAUGCUGUGGGCUCAGAAUCUCAAUGUCAGCCUCUCGCCGUCUGCAGGAUGGGUCAACCUCGCUGCAGAAACCCCCAGCAUGACGGGAUCCAUGUGUAACAGCAGCAACUCACUGCUUGUGCUCAGUUAUGCAUCGGGUUACACGCUGAGUUUCGCCAUGAGUCAGCGCUUCUAUUCGGUGUCUGCACGGAACUGGUUCACUCUGGACUCUGUGCAGCUGCAAGCGAACGGGCUAACCGAGUCCUUCGUUGGGAGGCGCAACAUCUCCGCCCCUGCAGAGUAUUCCUUCCACUGCCAGUCCGUCAACACCUUCAGAGAAGGCCUGCUCGUCCCCAGAGACUCCAACCAGAACUCAUCACAGUGGAGGCUCAACUUUGUCGACUUCCAGAUUCAGGGCUUUGGUUUGGCCAACGGAACCAACUUCUCCUACGCCAGCGACUGUGCCGGCUUCUUCACCGCGGGGAUCUGGAUGGGCCUGCUCACCUCACUGCUCAUGCUGCUCAUCUUUGUGUACGGCUUACAUAUGAUCAUGCAACUUAAUACCAUGGAUCGAUUCGAUGACCCCAAAGGUCCGUCGAUUUCAGUGCCACAAUCAGAAUGAAAGCCUUUAGACGUACAUGUGCACUCCGCCACUGCAGUGCCUUUCUCUCUUCAUUACUGUAGACCCUGGAGAUACUUCCUUUACCAUGUUGUUUUUAUGUGUUUAGAACUCUGCAUCUUUCCUUUUGAAAUUCUUUAUAAUUCUUUCCAGGUUUCGGUAUACUUUCCCUUUCCAGGGCACAUUCCAUUUCAUCUCUCCGUAUCUGUACAUGCCAAAACUGAUUUUGACUUAAUAUGCCCAAAUGGUACAGUGAAUAACCCCCCUAAAUAUUUUAGAUUCUUACCAGGGAAAGCCUUCUUUGCCAAAAAGAACAGAAUUCCUGAAUGCUGCAUUGAAUCGUUUCAGACCUGUCAGUUCCUACCUUUUUAAUUGUUGUUUUUUAACUACCAUAAAGACUACUGGUGAAGAAAUACAUUUGUGUAUAUAAUGGUUUAUCAAAGAUUACUGGAUGUGUUCUGUUCUUCAGGCCUUCAGGUGAUUUUAGUUUUGUUGUCACUGUCAGGGUUCAGUCACAUGAGUUCACUACUGCAAUAACACAUUCUCUUGACAAGUAACUUAUGUUUUUAUAAAAAAAACACCUUGUCUCUUAAAGUGCCCUUAAAGUUUACCCUUGGUCCAAGUGCUAUAAACUAAUUUAAAAAAAAGACUGUGCCUCAGUUCAGCUUUUGUUAAACAAAGAUGUGCAAUUGCCAUGACAUGUACUGUACAUUGCCUUUAAUAGCAAAUAAACAGAAUUCUACAUUGA